CUCUACCAGUUAAUGAUUAACUAGGUGAACUAUCCUGUUUUGCACAAUGUCCCUAAAAAUUCCUGUGACCAAAUCUUCUGAGAGCGUGUUGGAGGUUGAGUAAAAACUGAAAAGGGAUCCACAGCAGGCAACAGAAAGAUUGGGAACAAGAGAUUCCAGGAGAAAGACCAGAAGAGGAUUUUAAAAUAAAGGAUUGAUAGAUCAGUGAUUUGAAUAGAAGAUAGCUUCUUAUGGCUGUGAUUGUUGGUUCCAGGAUUACUGAAGGCUGCCGUUGCAUGAUGGUUCUAGUGGUUCUGGUGUGCCUUUGUCUCCUUGUUCCCUCUGAGGCUGUAGGAGGGGCCAAGAGUCGACCGAAACCUCAAAGACGCCCUCCAAAGACACCAAAGGUCAACCCCACUGAUGCAACCCCACCUGCUCAAAAUAUAGACAUCCAUCAGAUGACAGGAACAUGGUAUCUCCUUAAUGCAGCCUCCAAGUGUCCCCACCUAAUAAAACAUGGAACCAAGGUGGAGCCGACUGUCAUGACAAUAACAGGUCCCUCUGACCAAGUUUUCUCAGUUAGUACUAAAACCAGACAUAAUCAUCAGUGCUGGGAGAUAUUGCAACAGUACCAUCUGACUUCCACCACAGGGAAACUAACACUUAAAGGAACUCGUCCUGAACUCAACACCGACAUCGUGGUUGUAGAAACAGACUAUACCUCUUAUGCAGUGUUGUACUAUCAGAAACAGGGGAAGAUCACAGUAAAACUCUACAGUAGAACUGUGGACGAUCUAUCCGAGCCAAUGUUGACUAAGUUUGAACAGCUUGCUGAAAAACACGGCAUGGGCCUUGCCUACCUCUUCCCGUUCUCCAUAUACAGAUAUAAAAAAAGCUUUGAUCUUGUCCCGGCUUAA